UGUUUUAUUUCUCAGCAGCCUUUCCACAGUGAGGUGGCUUCAGUUCCCCAUUGGACAUCUGAAUGAAGCUGCAGUUUGCUCAGGAAGGGAAGAAAGAAAAGUUUAGAUCUGGCUUUAGCAGCAGACAGAUGCACUUCUGAUUUCUUCAACACAAAGAAGAUGUGUUUGCUGACUUUAUACGUCACCUGAAAAGGAAAAGAAAAUCCGUUAAAGACAGAAGAGUGGAAAUAUGACUUGAAUUUUCCCAACAGACUUUUAACUUUCCUUUAUUUCUGGAUGCUUCAAGAAUGUUUCUGCAACAAUGAAGGAACAGGGGCUAUCACAGUGUAAUGUUUAUUGCUACAGCUGCAGAAUGAUUGCUUCAGGCUUAUUUCCCUCUCUCUCCCAACAAAGGGACUAAGGGCCAAAUGGAGGUGGUCUCUUUGACAUCUACACAAGUAGAAAAAGGCAUCCAGGAUGGAAAUCCAGUACACAAUCAUUGCACCCUGCUCCUGUAUUCCACCCUGGACCCAUGAUGUUCAUAUUCUACAGACCUCAUAAAGGAUUCUUCAAUGCUGUAAGUACUAGUAUCAGAUCUGCUCAAACAGAGCAUCAUGAAGAACAAGCAUAAAGAUUGAAUCCUAUUAAUUAUGGUCUUGGGAAGCUCCAAGCAAAAUAUCUUCUAAAUAAUUAGGGCCAAAAGAUAAUCUUUGUAUUCUAAAUUAUGUCCAUGGUUUUAGGAUUCCUUUAUGAUGGCGAAACCCACUCAGCAUCCUACUGUGGGUUUGUUUAAUCAAACUAUUGCAAACAGCAGCAACUCACAGUUUUCACACUUUGAUUCAUGUCAGCCUUCUUUCCCUGCAGUCUUCUUGCUCAUCACGGCUUAUACUGUCGUUACAAUAGUGGGGCUUUUUGGAAACCUUUGCCUGAUUAUUAUAAUAAAACAACAGAAGGAAGCUCAAAAUGUUACAAAUAUUCUGAUUGCCAAUCUCUCCUUAUCCGAUGUCUUGAUAUGCAUCAUGUGCAUUCCUGUCACAGUUGCAUACACUUUGAUGGACUACUGGAUAUUUGGCGAGGCUAUGUGUAAAAUAAGCUCUUUUGUACAAAGUAUGUCUGUCACAGUCUCCAUAUUCUCACUUGUUUUAAUUGCUGUCGAGAGGUACCAGUUAAUAGUGAACCCACGUGGCUGGAAGCCGAAUAUUUCACACGCUUACUUGGGAAUUAUCUUCAUUUGGGGGAUUUCCCUUAUCAUAUCCAUUCCUUUUUUUAUAUUCCACCAACUAUCUGAUGAACCCUUUAAAAAUCUCUCUUACCAUAGCGAUUUCUAUAUGAACAAAGUUGUUUGCAUUGAGGCAUGGCCAUCAGUUGCAGAGCGACUGGUCUUUACGACCAGUCUGCUGGUUUUCCAGUAUUGCUUCCCACUGGGCUUUAUUUUUAUCUGCUAUCUCAAGAUAUUUGUAUGUCUCCAGCGGAGACAUGGUAAGGUGGAUGGGAUGAGGGAGAAUGAGAGCAGACUAAACGAGAGCAAAAGGAUUAACAUGAUGCUCAUUUCAAUUGUCGUGACCUUUGCAGCUUGCUGGUUGCCUCUAAAUAUAUUUAAUGUCGUUUUUGACUGGAACUAUGAGGUCCUGAUGAACUGCCACCAUAACCUAGUGUUCACAUUGUGCCACCUGGUAGCCAUGCUCUCAACAUGUAUAAAUCCUAUCUUUUACGGAUUUCUCAACAAGAAUUUCCAGAAGGAUUUAAUAGUGUUAAUUCACCACUGCAGAUGCUUCACAUCUCAGGAGGAAUAUGAGAACAUCGCCCUUUCAGCCCUAAACACUGAUGGAUCCAAGGGGUCCUUAAAAUUAAAUAAUACCCCUGUGAAUAGCUAAAAUAAUCCAGCAUGCCAGUCUCCAAAACUCUGUAUUUAUUGUAAAUUUACUGAUUCUUGUUGAUUCUUUUGUAGGAUUAUAAAGGUCUUGAGCUGUUCCCACUAAUGCCAGAGGGAGUCUUUGCCGUUUAGUUCAGUGGGAGCAGGUAGACUUAUUGUGUAAACUGGUCCUUCUAAAUAACAUUUUGCUUAUUAAUUCUAGUAAAUCACCCCCCAGGAAUCCUUUACAGUCAACACUAGUGAAAUACCAGCAGUAUUAGCGUAUCAUUUUUAAGCACAUGACUUCACUAUCAAUAAUUGGCUCCCUCAGAAAUUUUCCCCCUCAGUGAUACAUGUGACAUUCCCUGGGUAAAAUGCUCUCUUCUGCUUCCCCAAGAUAAUCCAUCCAUGCCAAGAUGCCACCAGUCCUGCCUCUGCCCUGCCGUCUAACCUAGUACCUCUCGACCCCGCUGUGUUUUCCCUGCACCUCAUAGAGGCUACUUCAGAUGGCCCAACUACAUGGCAGCUGUCCCUCAUGAUGGUGAUAGAUGCAGCUACUGGUGGUAGCAGUAGGGGCAGGCAGGAUGUCCUGCAGCUUCUGACUAGGAGUGGCUGGUCCAGUAGGAAGCAGGUCCCCCUGCUGGAUGGCAGUUUGGGGAACGGGUUCCCUUUUGGUUUUUGAUGCAAGUGGUCUUCCCUAAUUAAUGGGGAGGCUUGGAUUUCAUGGCCGAUGUAUGCAUGGGGAGGGGUGGAACCAGGUAUCCCAGGGGUAGCUAGGUCAGGCAACGAGAUUCCUCUGGGUAGAAAUGGCAGGUCAGGGACAAGUGGGGAAGGAACCCAGAUUUUCAGAUUCAGAUCUGGGGCUGGGAAGGUAGGCAUUGCAAGGUGUUGGGGGGGAGGCAGCCAGCAGCAGCCGCAGGACUUCCACUCAGUACAGCAGCAGCUUGUCCUGCCUCUUCUCCUUUCCUCCUUGUGCAAUGCUGGAGCAGCAAGGAUCAGGAGUGCAGGGAUUACAUGGUGUGUGCUCCAUUGGCUCUGAGCAGAGCUUGUUGGGGGAGAAACAGGAGAGGAGUGCUCAUUGGAGCAGAUCCCACAGCACUGGUGGACGCACCCGUCGCACGAUGGCUGUCAGAGGCUGCAGCUGCCAGCACAGUCCUAGUGCUGAGAAUGCUGACAACCAGAGCUGGCCUUAGCAUUUUCAAGUUCUGUUCUACGCAGGCUCUUCUGCUGCGCUCAUCACUGUAGCUCUAGUCAAUGUGACUACACAUCUAUCUAAGCUGGCCAGUUAAACCAUUUUUAGUUACCCCUCCGUCCACCAGUACCUGACUCCUGUAUCUUGUUGUUACAGCAGUAUGGGUACAGAUGGACCAAUGGUUUUCUGAGGGGUUAGGAAGAUCAUUCUUUGGGAUAUGUCCUUACCUCACUUAUUUUACGUAAAAAGUGAGUCUGGGGGAAGCUUCGUUAGGGUCUCUCAACCCUCUCUCUGCUUCUCGCUUUCAGCCCUAGCGAGUACUUUCCUUUGUUUUAUAUCCACUUGCGCUGGUUUGCAGUUUCCAGACUUUGUUCACAAUGAAAAGAGCUAGAGACUUAAUUUUUGUUUUUAAAUUAAAGUUGAGAUGGGCCCCAAAUGAGCCUCUGCAAGUGCCACCCAGCUCACCAGUAUUCAAAAUGAAAAAUGCAUAUAGCAUUUCUUUUAUUUGUAUUGUAUUCUACUUUCUUUCUCCAGCACAAGUUGUAGGCGUCUGUUAUAAACACCAUAGAUUCUGAAAACAGGCUCUUUAGAACAGCUAUUAUCAAACCGACUAUGAAUUCAUAAUUACUCAUUGGCUUCAGCUACUAAUACAGAUGAAAACAUGUUUGCCUUUGGAUAGAAAAUUUGUUUUGUGCUUUAGUUUCAGAAAUAUCCACCCCCAUCCCUAUGUGUUAGUAAGCGAUAAUCCACAAAAGGCUUCUGGGUAAGAGAGGGUAUUUUUUGUUUGCCAUGUAUAUCCUGUUCAAACUGGCUUUUGCUACAAUGCAGUGCAUGGAAGACUACAGCUGUAAAAUUAAUGUUUUUUAAUUAAAACAUACUGUUAAUUGUUUUAAAAGUUAAGACAUACUGAAUAUACUCUCUAUCCACCUUUAUGGUGCCAUCACAGAAUCAAUUAGGAAUGUCCUAAUGGCAAUAAUUAGCGAGUUUAAAUGGGGACAGCUAAAAUACUAGACUGAUAUUCACCAGGACAUUACUCCAUUUUUCUUUUCCCGUUUGGAUUAUUGUUGUAUACUCUCUACCACUGGUUUCAGAGUAGCAGCCGUGUUAGUCUGUAUUUGCAAAAAGAAAAGGAGUACUUGUGGCACCUUUGUUAGUCUCUAAGGUGCCACAAGUACUCCUCUUCUUUUCUCUACCACUCUGGCUAGUUAGCACAGAUAUGUGUAUGUCAGAAAAGGCUUUCUUCGUCACUGAUCAAUAUCUCUAUGUACAGUGACCUCUAAAUGCUAAAUAUAUGACCUCAGUCUUGCAGUGGCAACUGAUUGUGAUGUCAUAAACACAGAAUUAGGUUUCACAGCAGGAUGUACCUGAGAGUGACUUUUUUAUCUUAAUUUUUUUUUAAUUUGAGAGAGAGAUUUUCAGACUUAUUUUGACCCAGCUGUCACCAGGCAUAUUUAUGCCUUUGUCACUUUCUAGACUGACUACGGUUAUUUACUAUAAUUUAGGCAGUCUGAACACCAUUUAAAAAACUCCAGUUAUUCUAAGACUGACAGUCUUAAUUACUGUACUAAUUCAAAAAGUAUUACCCUCAUUUUUAGUCACAAGAGAAGUUCAUAAUAAUUUUCAAAACAAUUUUUUUUAAAGUCCCAAACUACUACAGAACUUUCAUGAUUCUGGCCUGACAUAGCUAAUAACCUGAUCUUUUAUUCACUUUUACUGCAGCUCACAUUUUAAGUCCCCAAGAACAGGGAUAUUAACUUUCUCCAGCUAUAGACUGAAGAUUGUAAAGGACAGAGCAUUUCAGGGUUCAGCGUGUCUCAGGGCCAAAAGUGUGUAUACAAGUUCUAAAACAGCUUAAGUACAGUUUAGUUCUCUGAAGACUUGCAGAUUAUCUGAGGGUAUGUCUACCCUAACCAUAACUGAGGAACUGUCUACACUAGAAAUGCUACUGAAAUGUGCUGUUGUAGCGUAGACACUUACUACAAUGACGGAAGGGGUUCUUCUGUCACUAUAAUAAAUCCACUGCUUCAGUUGAUUCUUCCAUUGACCGAGUGUUGUCUGCGCUGGGGCUUAGGUUGGCUUAACUAUGUAUCUCAGGGGUGUGAUGCAGCUAGGUCAACCUAACCUUCCUGUGUAGACCAGUCCCGAGUUCUGUAAACUAGAGCACAGUGGGUCUUAUAAAGCAUCUUUUAAAGCGCGCUCAUGAAAGCUCUUGGAAUUCUGUACGCAUUUUACAAAUCCACACGGGCAGUGGGAGCUCUGCCUGAGCGAAGAGUGCAGGACUGGGCCCUAUAUGGUUGUAACCCAUUAAUUCUUCUCCGAUGACAGUAGGCAUUUAAAUAUGGUUUAAUAACUAAGGCUACGUCUACACUUAAAAACACUACCGCAGCACAGGGACAGCGCUGCACAGCUGCAAUACUUCAGCGCAGACACUUAGUACAGCGGCAGGAGGGAUUCUCCCCUUGCUGUAGGUAAUUCACCUCCCCAAGAGGCAGUAGCAGCUAGGCUGAUGGAAGACUCUUCUGUCGACCCCGAGGGGGCAGGUCGGCUUACCUACCUCUCUCAAGGAUGUGGAUUUUUCCCAUCCCAACAGAGAUGUAGCUAUGUCAAUAUAAAGUUUCAGUAUAGACUAGCCCUAAGUUUUAGGAGUUGCCAGAUAACCUUUAGCUAUUUCAAUACUGACAUAAACAUGCCUUGUGAUUGGGUUAAUUCCUAAAACCAUCACGAUUGAUCACGGGGUCCGGCUUCAGUGAAAAGAAUUUACAUCCAAAUUGUAACAUGCUCCCUGGUGUAUAUUGCACUGUGAAAGUUACCUGUAUUCUGUCAUUUACUAUGUGUUUGUACAGCCUUAGAACAGUGGGACCGUGACUAGUUGAGACUUCUCAGAACUGCUAAAACAUAAAUAUUAACUGAUAUUAAUAAUACUUUAUGCUCAAGACCACCUUUUUGAAGACAGCUUAGUGUACUUGUAACAAUUUGCAAGAAUGGUGUAAAUGUUUCCUGAGUCACUCUGAGCAGGAAGGAGACCUGGUCUCAAAUGUAUUAGGGCUUGAUCCCACUGAAGUCAAUGGCACUGCUCUCAUGAGUAAGUACUACUCACAUGAGUAAAAGUUGCAGAAUUAGAAACACCGUAAUCAAAGACUUGAGUGACACAUCUGGAUUGAGUGGCUGCACGAUAAUUAAAGAAGUGUACUAAUUAAUCAAGAAUAAUGUAUCUGAAGUAGGAAGUGAAUUUUUAGGUUAUUCGUCCAUAACUGUGUACAUCAGCCCUGUGCAUCAAAAGUAGCUAAUGUACUUCCAAAGAAAACAACUAAAUAGUUGUUAAGGACUAAGGGUGUGAUCCAGACAGAUACUUUGGCACCCAAGCCCCAUUUUUAGGCCCCUCUGUGAUCCACAAAACUCCCACUCAGCUGCCACCUAAUCCUGUAAAUGCCUAAACUCACUGAGUGCCUACGUUUUUUCCUCUGGGCAUGCUCACUGCGGACUCCCUCUGGGCACCCAGGUACCUAUCACCUGUCUCAGUAUACAAAGUACUGCCUCAUGACGGACAUACAGACACACAUCUCCUUCCCAAGUCCCAGAGUGAGUCACAAACGGGGGAAGAAAGGUGUUCGACCACCUGUGGUGUGCGGGGACCCAAUCUGGUAGGGGACCUGUGAGCAUGCUUACCAGAUCAGGCGCCUCAGUCGUGCUCAUACGAAACAGCCGGGGGCAGAGGAGGCAGGGGGAAGGACAUCCCUUAGAACUUCUAGUCUAGUGGAUAGGAUACUCACCCAGGGUGUAGGAGACCCCUAUUCAAGUCCUGAGGGGGAGAAGGGUUUUGAACAGGAAUCUGCCACCCCUCAUCCACUCACUGUAUAGGGAGCUUAAACACCUAAUUCAGACUUUGUGGAUCAUGCUGUUCCUGUGAUUUUUCUAGGUACCAUGACAUUCAGGGCUGCAACACCAAAGUCCCUUUGUGGAUGUCUCCCCAAAACCUUCUAUAUGUGAAAUGGGUCCUGUUGAGGACAUAGGCAAAUCUCCCAUUAGCUUCAAUGGGCCAGAUUCUCAACUGGCAUAGAUCACUGAGUUCCAGUUAUUUGAAUCAAGCCAUGUUGAUUUACUCCAGCUCAGAGACUGGCCCAACGGGAGUUCUGGCUGCAGAAGGAGCGCAUGGUCAGACCCACUUUCAUUAAUACUGCUGGACACAGCAGGCUUAAUCAAAGUACCUAGUGUAUACACUGGGGGAAGGUGGACCAGAUUCUUCUGUCAGUUAUAGAGGUAAGAAAUCUAGGGUAAUUUCAUCACCUCACCGAGCAAUAAAGUAACUCUGCGAAUACAGACUAACACGGCUGUUCCUCUGAAAUCUGUUACAUCUGUGUAACUGACAGCAGAUCCAGCCCAGAAACUUAACUUCUCUCACAGAUUCCAGGGCCAGUAUAAAAAGCCACCUGGAGCUGUUGCAAAAUCUGAAAAAUCAUUGGUUAGGCUACAAAAAAAAAAGAUCAAAACUAUAAAAUCUAGAUUGCCUAGGCUUGGUCUAGCCACACCCCUGAGCCAUGUAGUUAUACUGACCUAUCCCCCAGUGUAGAGCACACUAUGUGUAGAAAAGCUGUCGUGUCAACAUAACUCCCACCUCUCCUCAGGGAGGUGGAGUACCUACGUCAACAAGAGAAGCUCUCCCACAGGCACAGAUAGUGUCUUCACUAAGCACGACAGAGCCUCAGCAGCACCGGUGCAGCACUGUAAGUGUAGACAAGCCCCUAGUUAGUUUUCACUGUGGGAUUGUCUACCCUUGAAAUGGCACAGCAGCACAGCUGCAGUGUAGACACUGCCUACCCUGACAGGAGGAGUUCUCCCAUCAGCACAGGUAAUCCACCUCGAGAGGCGAUAGCUAGGCUGAUGGAAGAAUUCUUCAGUAAACCUAGCGCUGUUUACUCCUGGGAUUAGGUCAGUUUAACUGCAUCGCUCAGGGCUGUGGAUUUUUCACAUCCCUGAGCAAUGUAGCUAUAAAAAAGUAAAUUCUCCACGUAGACCAGUCCUGAGAGUCAAUCCGUAUUAUUAGCAUCUGCUACAUUCCUUUUUUAGGCCUGGCCUACACUAAAAAGUUAGGUCAGCCCUGCCCUUAGGUUUCAUUGUACUCUUCACAGCUUCAGUAGCCUCAUUUGAAAAAACAUUCAUGUGCAGAUACAUUUGCACGUGACAGACACAUUGGACCAGAUUCUAUCCGCCUAUCCUGGCCACUUCACACCACUGAGGUGGCAGUAAGUGGCUAGCUGAGAAUUCCCCUGGUAUGAAGAAGUUCUCAGCUGGAUCAAUCUAGCAUAGCUGGCUCAUCUGACAACUGUUCCCCCUACUCCAGUCCAGGGCCACGUUGGGGUUAGGCGGCACAAACUUGUGCUCCACUAGUUUUUAUUUGGCGUAUGGUCCCUUGGGGAUCAGAGCACGCUGGCAUAAGUUUUAGAACUGCCUAGAGGCUUCUUAUUCAUGUCAGGAUCAGGACAGCUUGAUCCUUAAGGAGCCAUAACCAGCUCUCUCCCUGCCCUCUUCUCUCCUGGACUGAAUAGAUCUCACUGCUGGAGAGAAUCUGGGCCUUUCAGAGUAUAGCAAUGUCCUUUGGAGAGAAGAGGAUCCUCCAAAUAUUUAAUCUUUCCAGGAUUUGCCUUCUGUUUUUUUAAAUUUAGCUAUUAAUUUAUACAAGAACACAAUGUUCAUCUAGAAAUAGCCCAUUUUCUGUCUGGCUAUACAAUGCAUCUUAUGGAGCCAAACGAGCAGCUACCACAGUUGCAGAUGUAAGAAACUUUCUGUUAUUACGACUACACUUUCCAUCCUCCUCCUCACCUCCUCCAAGGCCAACCAGCUGAUCUUGACAUAGUGGGGUGGACUAAAGCAUUAAGAAGCAAACAGUGAGGGAGGAGGGCAUUGGGAGGAAAGGAAAGGCUCUCUCACAAACUGGUCUGUGGAAUAAGGCCCCAAUCCUGCAGCAAACACUUGUAUACAUGCUGAACUUUAUUAUACUGACUGAGUAGUCCUGUGAGCAAGCGAGGGAGCUGCCCUGCAGGAGUCUUGAAGCCUGAUGCAGACUUCGUACUUGAGCCAACCAAAGAUAUCUGGCACUGGGAAGAGGCUGGUACCUUAAGCAAUUGAGUUCUUGAUAUAAGAGAACCUGAAGCAGCCCCGGGAAGGAGCAGCUGAUGCUAGGAAGUCUGCUAGGGAGUCAGUUCUGAGCAGGCUCAGGGCGGAUGGCCUCUUAAGAGUGAUGAAAGACUCUGUGAAGGAAGAUUUUUUUUGCUCACCCAGGCUGUGCACAGGGACCUCUGGACAUGAGGGAGUGCAUGGGUGGCAGCCAGCUUCUUUACAAGUCCCAUUGUGGAACUCCUCAGGGUAGUAAAAUUAAGCAUGUAUGUAAGGGCUUGUUGCAGGAUCAGGGCCUAAGAGUUGGAAAUCUCUAUAAAUUUAAAGCUUUUCAUGCUAGUGUCUAACAGAUGAAAAUGCCUAAAUUCUUCUGUUAUAAUACUGUGUGCUUAGAAAUGUCUCUCUUUAAUUAUACGUAGCCCAUUUUAAUUUGACAAGUAUUGCGUAACUUUGCCUUGUUCUCCGAAACAGCGAUUUCCUAGGAAGUUACGAACAAGACCAUAAAUGUCCUAUUAAUAGAGCUUUUUUAUGCACAAUUCAGAGCUUGAAAUAAGCACAAAGGAAAGCCCUAUACAUUUUACAGUGAUCUUCUUUGGCACUCAUUGGUUUAAAUUCAGAGGUGACAAACGAUAGCGCAAGUUGUACGUCAGUGAGUGGGCAGACGUUGGUGUCAAUGCAUCACAGGAGCAGAAAUGUACUGAUGGAGCAGGAAAAGCAAUGAACGUAAACUUUAUUCUACACAUUCUUAUAUCCACUUAUUAGGUUUUUUUCCUGGCACAAACCUACCUUGCCUCUUCAUUUUGUAAUUUAUAAUCACAGGUCCCUGUGCUGAUUUAUUGUGAAUGGCUCUCUCUCUCUGGCCCAGAGGGAGUGCAAAUAACAUCAUGCAUGAAUUAACCAGCAAAAGGCAAUUGAGGAUUGAUACAGCCAGUCCCCUUCUCCUCCCAUUUUUUUUAAUCAUGGGAAAGAUAUUUCAUUUAUUAAAAAUGAAUCUGAAGUACCUAGCAACCAAAGAGUGAACACAUCCAAUCUGCUUCCAUGACGUAGCAGCUACAUUACCAUUUACUGUGUGGUCCCUGAAUCAAAGAAAUCUGCUGCUGCUGAUGGCUGAAUUAUAUCCAUGGGCUUUUUAUUCUUGCUACAUAGAUAAUACAUUUGCUAGAGCAUUUUGUUGGUAUAUCAUGUCAUUCUCAUCAGAGCUAAAUUAAGUAACCAUUUUUGUCAAAUCUUAUCACACUUGCAAAAAAAUGCUCUUCAUUACCCAGGUGGAAGCACUUUGAGCACUGAGAUUGCUUCAAAAUGAAAUGUUAAUAAUAAUUGUGCCUUGAUUUCUUCACACUACUAUUUCUUAUGGCUUCAUUUGGAUGAAGUGUUGACAGUCAGACUCUGCUUUAAACAAAUAUAUCUUCUAUCCAGAUUUUAGGGGGCAGAGGAGUAUGUGUGGGUAUGGUGUUGUAAAAGAUUUUGGGUCAAAUCAUCUCUAGAUAAGCACGUGUAACUUCAUGGGCUCCGAAGAGCUGUGCCCAUAUGUGAUAUUAUCUACAUAUUACAUGCACUGCCCUUACCUGGGGUCUGAUUCAACUUCCAGUGAAGUCAUUCGGAGCCUGUCUAUUGGCUUUGAUAGGAACUGGAUCGGACAUAGAAAUUAUUUACUUUGAAUGCAUAAGCAACACAGAAUGAGCUUUGGUGUAAAUUAGUGUUGUGGUCAUAACUGUGGCAAUAUGCAGUAUAUGGACACCAUUCAAAUCCCACUUUAUCACAAUGACAUGUCUCCACACUGGAUAAUACUGACCAUCAAAUAUAUUUGUACUGAGUGAUGUACAAAGUUGUAUCAGUUUUGUGCACUAGAAUGUGAAACUUUGUAAUCCCAUGUAAUAUAGUAGUUUGAGUGCCAUCUGGGAGGCUGAAAACAGCACGAGAGAACCCCUGGCCUUUGAAACAAGCAGUUUCCCUGCAUGAAGCAAGUAGGGAUAUUUGCAGUCUAGAGCUCUUGCUAAAUGUGAGCAAAGCAGUUCCAGUGAUGUUCAGCUAAAAACAAAUGGUGUCAAAGAUAUUGUGUUAAGAUAUUCCAGUCACAAGGGCCACAUUAGCACUGAGAGAGACAGAAUGUCCAUGUAGAAGGUAUAAAUAUAUAUCUCAUGGCUCCUGGUCAGUUUGACUGUAAGUGUAUGUAACUUGAGUUAAACAUUUGGAAAACUCUGUCCACUGUAAGGACUAGGUUCCCUCAAACUGUAAGCGCAACUGGAUAUUGUCUAUAAAAAUGUACAUGUGCAAAUGCAGUGUCAUUUUAAACGGGUUACUGAAACGCUUUGAGUGACAUUUGUAUAUUGACUAAUAAAUGUUAUGUCUGUAUGAAACCAAUCAAUGUUGCCUGGCUGGUAAAUAUUAUUCAGUUUAACUUUAAUAUUGUAGUGCAAUAAAACUGAUCUUGGAAACCA